CUCAACUUGAAGCUCGGUUAGAUGCCGUGCUGCUCAUAAGCUCCCCUCCACCAACUUCCGAACGCAGCCAUGCCGGUCCCGGGUCUCCGCCGCGCUUCCUUAGCCAGCAGAUCGUCCGUGGACGACUCUCCCCCCAGCGGGGAAGAUGAGGUCGUCGAGCCCGAGCAGGGAAAUGUCCUCUCGCACAUCAUCUCGCAGUUGCGCCCCGGUGCCGACCUGAGUCGGGUCGUGCUGCCCACUUUCAUUCUCGAGCCGAGGUCCAUGCUGGAGCGCAUCACCAACUUCAUGGCGCACCCCGAUACCCUCCUCCCCAUGCCCACAAUCGAUGACCCGGUCGAGCGGUUUGUUUCGGUGGUCAAGUUUUACUUGAGUGGAUGGCACAUCAAGCCUCCUGGAGUGAAGAAGCCGUUGAACCCUAUUCUCGGGGAGACUUUUACAUGCUACUGGGACUACCCCGAUGGUACACGUGGAUACUACAUUUCGGAACAGACCUCUCACCACCCGCCCAAGUCGAGCUAUUUCUUUAUGGCUCCCGAGCACAACAUCCGGAUAGACGGCACUCUCAAGCCCCGCAGUAAGUUCUUGGGAAACUCGGCAGCCAGUUUGAUGGAGGGAAUCGCGAUCCUGCGACUUCUGAACCGUGGCCAGGACAAGGACAAGGGCGAACGAUACAUCUUGACGCAACCGAACAUGUAUGCGCGCGGAAUUCUUUUCGGCAAGAUGAAGUAUGAGCUCGGCGAUCACAGCUACGUGCGAUGCCCGGAGAACAACCUUGUGGCCGAUAUUGAAUUCAAGACCAAGGGCUAUUUCUCCGGUACUUAUAAUGCCAUUGGAGGAACGAUCAAGAACGAGAAGACCGGCGAAGUUCUCUAUGAAUUGUCCGGUCUUUGGAAUGGCGAGAUGCACAUCAAAGAUGUUCACACCCACCAAAAAGAGGUUCUGUUCGAUGCCACCCAUGCGAAGCACUCGCAGCCGAUAGCGCGCCCAAUCGAGGAGCAAGGAGAGCGUGAGUCGCAACGGUUAUGGGAGAAGACGGUCAAGGCCAUCAUAGCCUCGAACCAUGUCGCUGCUACGGAUGAAAAGACCAAGAUCGAGGAUCGUCAACGAGAGGAGGCCGCCAAGCGUGCUGAUGAGGGUGUUGACUGGAAGCCUCGGCUCUUCCGUCCAGUCCAAGGUGGACCCAAUGGCCCUGAUGAAGGAGAGGAGGAUCUCGAUUGGAUUAUCAACGCUCAUGUCGACUCGCAUAAUCCCCAGGCUGCUACAAAGCAGAUCAUGGCCAUCGCACCCAUCGUCCAAGGUCAGAGAGAAUCCGCCCAGUUCCAGAUCCCGCCACACAGGCAACAAGCAGGAACGAAUGCCGACGGACGACACAUCGUGGAGCGACAAGACACAGAAACAGCAUCCAUAGAACAAUUCGUGGAUGCAGAGGAGACCAAAUAA